UUUUGUUUUUGUUUUUGUUUUUUUGUUGUGUGUUGUGUGUUUUUUCAGCGUCAUGAUCUCCUCGUCCUCUUCCUCUUCCUCGUCGUCCAGCAAGAUGGCCUCGUUGGCGUUAUUCCUUUGCAUUGCAGUUGCAAUGACUGUCGCGGCAUUUCCGCAGCAUGCCGACGCGGCCCUGAGUGCUUGCUCGGUCUGUACUUGCGCCAGCACAUUUGUUGAAUGCCGAGGUUUGAGCGAAAUGCCCGAGUCCUUUCCCACCAACGUCGAAGUCAUAUUUUUCCGUGACUCCAGCUUGACGAUCCCGUCAGGAGCUUUUGCAAAUUUGGCAUCACUCUACCAGAUUAACCUUGAAGGCACAUACACCUCCUUUACCAAUGACAUCUUCCCGCGCACGGUCCGCAACAUCAUCAUGUCAAGCCCGUACCUCACUCAAUUGCCGACUGGUGCGUUUGCUGGACUGUCUACCGCUUCGAUCAUUAACUUGGCCUUCCCGCUGGUCACUACCCUGAAUGCGAGCGACUUCGCCGGAUUAACAAGCCUACGUCGUCUCGAGCUGACCCUUCCGAAUCUCACCAGCAUCGAAGACGGUUUCUUCACUUCCAUGCCACUUACCGUUCUGAGUAUACCGGGUACCAAGCUCACUUCACUAUCGUCCCUAACAUUGGCCGGGCUUACGUCUCUGAGCGAGCUUUACAUGUUCAAUUCGCCUCUAGUGACUGUGGCUGCCGAUGCAUUCGCUUCAUUGACCUCCGUGCGAUGGGUUUUGCUCACCGAAACCCAGUUGACGUCUCUGCCUUCGGGCUUCUUGGCAUCAUCACAACUCGUCCACGUAAAUAUGGAGGGCUCGCUCAUCUCGUCGAUUGCAGUCAAUGCCUUUUCCUCGUCACUUCAGGAACUCCGCAUUUCGCGCUCGCGUCUGACUUCCUUCCCGGUCGCUGGACUUUCGAACUUGGCCGGUUUGGCCAGUCUGGAUCUGAGCAACUCGAACAUUACCAGCAUUCCGGCUGAUGCCAUCACCCCGUUUGCUUCCAGUCUCAGAAACUUAGCGCUCAGCAACAAUCCCAUUACAAGUGUUAGCGGCGGCGCACUACUCAGCACCAGUCUGAAGUCUCUGUCCAUGCUCGGCACUCAGCUCACCAGUGUUCCUGCCGAUAUUGUCUCUGGCAAUGCGCCAGCACUGACAUCACUCGCUAUUGGUGGAUCUGAACUCUCGCAACUUUCCGAUGGUACUUUCAACUAUGUGCCCGCGCUCACUUCUUUGUAUCUGAGUGGCUCUUUCACGCAGCUGUCCGACACGAUUUUCAGCAGCCAGACCAAUCUUCAACUCAUUGAUCUUUCGUCGUCGAACCUGGCCGACAUUCCGAUCAACACGCUGAAGAAUCUACCGGCUUUGCGUUCAAUCGUACUGGCGCGCACAAAGAUUACAACUGUCCCAUCAAACGCUUUUGCUAGUGGAUUCCCCCAGCUAUCAAUGCUAAACCUGAAUGACAAUCGCAUCGCUUCUUUCCCGUCCGACGCCUUCACGGGCCCGGCCUUGACCGGAUUGUAUUUGUCUGGCACUGACAUUCUCGCCGUUCCGAGCGACAUUCCAACCCUUACGUUUCUAGAGCUGGCUCGCACCAAGUUUACCUCCGCCCCUGCGAAUGCGUUUUCGAACUUUACCCAACUCAACGGAAUUGAUCUGUCCGGCGCGUUAUUGCAGAGCUUGCCCACGCUUCCCGUCAAUUGUAGACAGGUUAAGCUGGCCGGAUCCAGGAUUACCAGCCUUUCGUCGAACCUGUUUGGCAACUCUGGUUCUCCCGACUUUGAUUUGUCGUCCAUGCCACUCCUGACGACCCUUCCGCCUGGCCUGUUCUACGGUCUGGAUGGUGACUUUGGAUGGACCCUCAAUCCCAAUUUCUUUGCUCCAGGCGCUGCGCCUCCAAGCACCUUUUAUGCCACCGACGGCUCGGUUGCGCCGUGCAAUGUACAGUGCGCCACUUGCUUCUCGGGGGAGCAGGAGGCGUGCUGCCCCUCCAAUUGCCUGCGUUGCUCGUCUUCCACCACUUGCACCCAAUGCUACGAUGGCUUCGGAGCUUUUAACAACACGUGUGUGCCCGCUUCAUUUUUGUCCUCCGUGGCGGCCGUGCUUUCCACCAGCUCUGCCGUCGCUGCUUCGGCUGCUUCUACAGCGUCGGCUUCCGUGGCGACAACAGCGUCGGCUGCUGCUGCUUCUGCCGCGUCCAUCUCGGCUGAGCUGGUGUCGAUUUCCCGCGCUUCUGCCUUUUCCGUGGCGGCCAUGGCCAACGCAGCGGGCAACACCGAUGCGCAAAGCAACGUGGCUCCGAUCGUUGGUGCGAUUGUCGGCGGAGUGGCGUUCCUUGCGCUACUUGCCGUCGUAGCGGUUCUUCGCCGUCGUCGUUCGAGCAAGUCGUCGUCGCGUACGUCCUCCGGCACCACUUCUCUGCGUUCGAGCAUCUCGGGUUCCGACUAUGCCCCGGCUUUCCUUGUGGUCCCCAGCUCGAAAGCUGGAAAGCCCCAACAGGUCAAGGAAGAGAACCCAUACGAAUCGGUUGCUCAGCAACCCGUCUACGAGCACGUUGGUGUGGCCGCUGGCAUGGCCGCUGAGCCAGUCUCCCACGAGUACGCCAACAGCGCACACUCGGCUCAACCAGAGGAGGGGCUGUACGCCGAAACCAUGCUCGCUGCUUCUGCUGCCAACAAGACUGUCGUCCCGUCCACUGUCGAGUACGCAAUGAUCCGGGGCUCGGUCACCCCGGACACUGGGCUUUAUGCCAACCUUGACGCGAACUGAGCGUUUUGGGUAUUGUAGCUUGUUUUCAAGUGUUUUCAAGCGUUUAUCAAGUGUUUUCAAGCGUUUAUCA